GCGGCCAGAAUCAUUCAGACGGCCUGGCGAUCCUACCGCAACCGCCGCAUCUUCACCUACUACAGGGACCUCAUCCGGUUCAGGGAGCGUGGUGAUCCGCGGGAGCUGCUCCGUGUCAUCAACCCGCGGGAGGCCCAACUAGUGGAUGCGGCGGCUGGCAUCCACGUGCGCUUCCGUCUUGGGGGCACCAUGUUCCCGCCGCUGGUGUUUUACAAGAUCUUCACGCACCGACCCGUGGCCGAUAUCUGCGCCUUCGGGCCCCGGGACUAUGCCAACGAGGUGCGAGUCACGCCGGGAGAGUUGCACAACCACCGCCCAGCUGCUGCUGCUGCAGCCACCACGGGCUGGUACGAGCGGCACGAGAACAACGGCUGGCGGCCGGUUUCGGAGCGGGUUCUGCUGGAUGAAGACCCCGUCACUACCAUGACACGCCUCAAGCGCCAGCCACUGUUCCACUACAACCCGGCGGUGCGCAGGGAGCAGCGUGCCAAGAUGAUCAAGCAACGGAGGCGCGAGUGGCUGCGAAAGAUGUACGCCGAAGGUGUGGGCGGCCUGCGGCCAGCUGGGACCCGCAACGAUGAUAUCGUGUUAGGGUCCGGGCCGGUACCUGAUUUGGACCUCAACCUUGGGGAUCUGGAAGAAGGGCAGCUCGACGAAGAAGCGGAUGAGCUUCUAGCAUGGAGUGAGCACCUGGACUACAGGUCGUACUUUGACGAUUGGACGAGCAUGGCGUGCACGCUGGCUUCGGAAGCGUUCGUA